CGGCAGCGAUGGCUGCCCCAGGCAGGCGUGGGGCUGCGCUCCUUCGGACCUUAUUAGGGGUCUGGCAGCGGGGCCCCGAUGCCGCGAGGGAGCGGGUGGCCCGACUCCCCUCGCCCUUGGGCUGUCCGCGGAGGUGCGUUUCCUGUGCCGCGGGCCCUGCUUUCUCUGGUCCCCUCCUGGCCUCGGCUUCUCGCCCCUCUGGCCAGAACUCAGCCCUGGACUGCUUCCUUGGACUCUCUCAGCCCGACAGUUCGUUGACUUGUCGCGCCCCCGCCGUGUCCAUACGCAAAGAUGAGCAGGAUCUCCUCUUGGUCCAUCGCCCCGACAUGCCUGAGAACCCCCGGGUCCUACGAGUGGUCCUUCUGGGUGCCCCGAAUGCAGGGAAGUCAACCCUCUCCAACCAGCUGCUGGGCCGAAAAGUGUUCCCGGUCUCCAAGAAGGUGCACACCACUCGCAGCCAAGCUCUAGGGGUCAUCACAGAGAAAGAGGCCCAGGUGAUUCUGCUUGACACACCUGGCCUCAUCAGCCCUGCUAAACAGAAAAGGCACAAUCUGGAGCUCUCUUUAUUGGAAGAUCCAUGGAAGAGCAUGGAAUCUGCUGAUCUGGUUGUGGUUCUUGUGGAUGUCUCCGACAAGUGGACUCGGAAGCAGCUCAGUCCCCAGUUGCUCCAGUGCCUGACCCAGUUCUCCCAAGUCCCCAGCAUCCUUGUUAUGAACAAGGUAGAUUGCCUGAAGCAUAAGUCUGUUCUCCUGGAGCUCACAGCUGCCCUCACUGAAGGUGUGGUCAACGGCAAGAAGCUCAAAAGGAAGCAGGCCUUCCACUCACAGCCGGGCACUCAUGCCCCUAGCCCAGCAGCUAAGAGCCCAAACACACAGUCUGUGGGAAACCCUCAGAGGACUGGCUGGCCCCACUUCCAGGAGAUCUUCAUGCUGUCAGCCCUAAGCCCGGAGGAUGUCAGGACACUAAAGCAAUACCUCCUGGCGCAGGCCCGGCCAGGGCCCUGGGAGUUCCACAGUGGAGUCCUCACCAGCCAGACACCUGAGGAGAUCUGCACCAACAUCAUCCGAGAGAAGCUUCUAGAGUACCUGCCCCAGGAGGUGCCCUACAGUGUCCAGCAGAAGACAGUGAUGUGGGAUGAAGGGCCAAAUGGGGAGCUGGUGAUAGAGCAGAAGCUUCUGGUGCCCAAAGAAUCUCAUGUGAGGAUCCUGAUCGGUCCGAAGGGACACCUGAUCUCCCAGAUUGCACAGGAGGUGGGCCGCAACCUCAUGGACAUCUUCCUCUGUGAAGUUCGGCUCCGCCUAGCUGUGAAACUCCUCAAGUGACCACCCUCUGCUGUCUUUCCCAGGGCGUCCCAGCCCAAACUGCUGGCUGGAGCCACUGACUGGAACUGCCCCUGGCGGGGCCUGCAGGAACUGGGGAGGGGCAUGGACACUGACUGGCUGACUGCUGUCUGGGCUGGCCUGGCCUUGCCAAGUCUGCACAGCCCCUGCCCAGCCAUGCCUCCUGUUGGAGGAAGGAACCUACCUUAGCUCAGUUCCCAGGUAGUUCCUCUGCCUAGGGCUAUGGCUACUUAGGCCUUAGAAGCUGGCCCUUUGGUGAGGGAGUGAUGUGGCACUGCUUCCACCUGACGUUGGGCCCAGUGUUUCUCCCUGAGUUGCCAGUUGUUAGCAAAGAGAUCUUUUUUCCUCUCCCCUCAAUUCUUCCACCUUGAGGCUAGGCAAGGACUCAUGUGUCUGAGUGAGAUAAUGCCUCCCACCUGCUCCUCCAGUCCUUGACUCCUCCCACUCCAUCCACUCUCUCAUUUUCUCCAGUCUUGGAUGCUAAUGAAAUUAAAAGACAAGCAUGCUG